ACUUUUUCGUGUUUUAAACCGAUCAUUUUCACCCGCGUCGUGAUUCAUCGCGACUAUCGCGCUCUAGUCCGUCUCGGCGAAGUGAAGUUUUUAACUAAUUAGUGACAAUUAAGUUAAUUUAGUUAAGUUUAUUUUGGAGAAAUUUCUGCUAUUGUUACCUUCUGUCCUGCUCGUCACCUAUCGCUUGGCUACUUUAUCAUCUGGCUGCCAGCCUUGGGCUCGGCGAUACAGACAAACAUGACGCGUCCGCAGCUUUGCGCGGCCGAUGUCUGCAGUAACCCUGGCGUGAGGCACAACAACAAACUCAUUCAGUGCUACGGCGGUUGCGACAAAAGCUUCCACUGGAAGUGUAUUGGACUCACAGCUGCCGGCUCUUCAGCGCUGAGAGACAACCCAGGAAUGUUUUGGUUCUGUGAAAAUUGCAAGAACAACUCUCUGUUUCGGCUUCACCGCAAGGUGGGAUAUAUUUGUGAAACAGUUGAGGCCACCCGCAUUCUCCUGAGACGUGUGGAAACCAACCUCGAGUCGAAAAUCGAAACUUGCUACAACAUGAUUGGAAACAUCUCCAAGCUGAACCAGCUAUCGUACGCUACUCUGGAAGCCUGCCAUGGUGACUUACACAACACUGCUGCCCUGGAUCUCUCUAUUCGUUCGGUUGGCGAUAAGGCCGUCGAAUCAGCUGCUGACGCAAAUGGGAAACGCAAACUCAGCGAGGGCAGCGUUGAUGUAGACGACGAAGUUGCUGCCGGUGACGACGAUGCUGUUCAAGAAUGCCCUUCGAAGCGUAAAAGGAACCUCCAGCACAGCCCUUCUCCUGCCGCUGAAGAUCUUGCCGACCUUCCCACUCCUACCUUCGCUUCUGUAGUUGCUGGUGUAACCUCACCUACCGAGCUUCCUGAACAGCCAGCCCGAAGUGCAGUACCUCCGCUCGCUGCUCCCCCCGUUCAACCUGAACCUGAACUCCCUGUUCAAGCUACCGACCCUGUGGUUGAAGAACCUUCAGUUUCCACGGGUAAUUACACAACAAGUAUAUGUCCAGCCGAAGCAGGACGUGAUACUGCACCACAAAUAAGUUAUUCCGAAUUUCACCAGUACUAUGUUCAAUUCGACGACAACGGCAAUGUGAUUCGUCGAUCUUACGACCCACCGACCCAAACGACCUCCACCACUUACGACCCACCGACUCAAACGACCUCCACCACUCCGAAUUCACCUACCAUCGAGCUCGCUAUGGAUGUUUCGACAAGCCCUGCGAGCUAUCUACAGACCAGCGCCGAGCAUCCACUGGAAGCCGAAUCUGUUCUGCCCGCUGCUUCCGCUGAUGGUGGAAUCUCAUCCUGUGCACCUUUGCCUGCAGUUCAACAUUUUGUCACAGGUAAUUGCACAAAUUGUAUAUGUCCAGCCGAAGCUGGACAAGAUACCGCACUGCCUCAAGGAAAUUCCGCACCUCCCACAGCAUCGAACACACCUUCAUCUCUCGAAGCCGAUGCUAGCCAUUUGUCUGGUGAGACACCAAACUCCUUCUUACAACCAACGUCUAAACGAGCCAGGCAUGCCGCAUCUUCAACCUCCCGAUCAGCAAACCACUCGACGCAAUCAGUUCCAGCAAACUAUUCGACGCACCCCGGUGCUUUCGGGACCCGCUGCUCAUCCAGCGCCGCAACUGUCACCACCCUACCUGGAUUACCGACGCCGAACCUAGUCGCGCCCUCCGCACCUUUAACCUUCCGUGCAGGUAAUUCUCGUUCGGGUAUAUGUCCGGCCGAAGCCGCAGGUGCUGCCGCCCCCUCAUUCGGUUUCCAAAACGUUCCAGCAAACUAUUCGACGCAACCCGGUGCUUUCGGGACCCGCUGCUCAUCCAGCGCCGCAACUGUCACCACCCUACCUGGAUUACCGACGCCGAACCUAGUCGCGCCCUCCACACCUUUAACCUUCCGUGCAGGUAAUUCUCGUUCGGGUAUAUGUCCGGCCGAAGCCGCAGGUGCUGCCGCCCCCUCAUUCGGUUUCCAAAACGUUCCAGCAAACUAUUCGACGCAACCCGGUGCUUUCGGGACCCGCUGCUCAUCCAGCGCCGCAACUAUCACCACCCUACCUGGAUUACCGACGCCGAACCUAGUCGCGCCCUCCGCACCUUUAACCUUCCGUGCAGCAAACUAUUCGACGCAACCCGGUGCUUUCGGGACCCGCUGCUCAUCCAGCGCCGCAACUGUCACCACCCUACCUGGAUUACCGACGCCGAACCUAGUCGCGCCCUCCGCACCUUUAACCUUCCGUGCAGCAAACUAUUCGACGCAACCCGGUGCUUUCGGGACCCGCUGCUCAUCCAGCGCCGCAACUAUCACCACCCUACCUGGAUUACCGACGCCGAACCUAGUCGCGCCCUCCGCACCUUUAACCUUCCGUGCAGGUAAUGCUCGUUCGGGUAUAUGUCCGGCCGAAGCCGCAGGUGCUGCCGCCCCUCAUUUGGAUUCCCAACCGUUCCAGUUUUUCGUUUCGGAUCCACUACCAACCGGCAAUCUGGCAGCUCUCGAUCAGCGUCUGGACAACCACAAGCUCACAAUGCCUUCCAAACAUCACAAUCAACAUUGGCUGGGUUCCAUCUUCCUGCAGCCAACAGAACUGCUCGUCCCCGGAACCGGAAGCAGCUACAGCCCCACUUACAGCCCUUCCUACAACCACCAUUAG